AUGCCAAGUAUGCUAUGGAUCGAGCUGACGGACGUUGGGUUGAAGGUCGUGAAAGUAGCGGCACAUUCACUAUCACUUUCUCAUAGAUUUCGUGUCAAUGCACAUGGAAAAAUGAGGUUACUCUUCCUUAUCCUUUCAUCCAUUUAUUCCCUUCAAGCAACACUUACACCAGAGAAAAUUACUGUUGUUAUAGGAAAACCGAAGAAUGUUACAAUGAAGACAGAGUCCCGUCUUGAACGCGAUGUAGAACUUGAAUUUGUCAAAAAUCCGUAUGUCAUGGUAGGUCCUCUACUGAUGAAGGCGGCAUCGCGCGAAGGUUCAUUGUAUGUCGAUGGACGACAGCCGACCAAAGGUUAUCAGCUUAAGCUCGAAAGCUGCACAAGCCUGUCUUCGAGCAAAUCACCUGUGAAAGAGGAUUGUGACAAAAUAAAAAAAGGGCUUUAUUUGGAAGUUGUCGUUUUGCGAUCAUCGUUUGUUGCUGCAUUGAUAAUGGUAGUGGGAUGGGCAUACUUCACAGCCUGGAGUAUUUCAUUCUAUCCGCAAAUUUUACUCAAUAUUCAGAGAAGAAGUGUUAUCGGCCUCAACUUCGACUUCCUUGCGCUGAAUAUCGUUGGAUUUGCUGCUUAUUCUGCAUAUAACUUAUUUAUGUACUUUUCUAAGACUGUACAGGCACAGUACCAUGAAGCACAUCCUCACAGUCCCAUUCCCGUCCUUUUGAACGACGUAUUUUUUGCCACUCAUGCUUUCAUUGUAUGCAUCGUCACUGCCGCACAGUGUUUUAUCUUCAAGCGUGGAAAACAACGAGUCUCAUACACGUGCAUGGCCGUGAUUGCCAUAAUGGGCAUUGGAGCUUUGAUCUCCGGACUUGCCAUGGCUUUCGGUUAUCUGAAUUUGCUUCAAUUCGUCACCAGUUUGUCCUUCAUCAAAAUGGCUGUCACACUUCUCAAGUACUUCCCUCAGGCAAUCCUCAACUUCAGAAGAAAAAGCACUACUGGAUGGUCAAUAGGAAACAUACUGCUAGAUUUCACGGGAGGCUCUCUCGAUAUAGUGCAGAUGGGUCUACAGUGCUGGAAUGUAGCCGACUGGACAGCUUUUUAUGGAAAUCCCGUAAAAUUUGGAUUGGGCCUUGUUUCGAUGCUCUUUGACAUCUUGUUCAUGAUUCAACACUACAUACUUUAUCCUCAUAGAGAAGAUAGGGACAGAAGUGGCGAAGGAGAGGAUGAGAUUAUGGAUGAAAGCGAUAAGGAGAAACGAAAUGGGAGAAAAAGUGAGAAAUCGCAUACGUCCAACGGAAUGAAUGGCGAGGAGCAGAGAGAUGAUAGCCGAAAGCUAUCAGAUGAGAGAGGCCAUGAUAAGCAAAAAGGAUUUGGAACGCACGAAAAGGAAGAGUUGAUGCCUACAGAGGAAACGAAACCUGUGCAGCAGCACGCGAAAUUUGAUGUACAUUUUCAAUACGAUUUUUAG